UAGGGAAAGUAUGUUGUAUGAUUCAUAAAUACUGCAGUACGUUUCGAACCGUCAAGAGCUUCAGUACAAGAUUUGUGGGAAUUUGUUUUCGAAUUUUUAACUAACGAAAUUGUUUUUUUGAAAAUGGAUGCAAAAGAGGAAAAUAAUCAAAUUCAGAGAAAUGAAAAUGGAUUGGUGCAACUUCAAAAUCCUUAUAUUAAAAAUUUGAAGAAUGAUGUUCUCUAUCAUCUUGGAUUUGACACGAGUACUCAUGAUUUGAAGAAAAUGUUCGGAGACAUUAAAUUCGUUUGCACAGGUGGGACUGACUCUCGAAUGAAAGAAUUUGCUUAUUAUGCGGAAAAAGAAAUGUCUGACCUGUUUGAAACGGGAACCAAAGUAAUUGACUAUUCGGAAUAUUCGCAUCGUUAUGCCAUCUUUAAAGUGGGCCCAAUUUUGUCAAUAAGUCACGGAAUGGGAGUCCCUACACUAAGUAUUAUGCUUAUAGAACUUUUUAAAUUAUUACAUUAUGCCGAAGCGAAAGAUCCAAUAAUAAUUCGAAUUGGAAGCAGUGGAGGUAUUGGCGUUAAACCGGGAACUGUUGUCAUCACCAAUGGUGCACUUGAUGAAUUAUUGAGACCUGAUUUCGAAAUGGCAGUUGCUGGCGAAUUAGUCAAGAGACCUGCGAUAUUCGAUCAAACUUUGGUGGAAGAUUUAGAAAAUCUUUCACUUCCUGACGAUGAUUUCGAAAUAAGAGUGGGAAAAACAAUGUGCGCCAAUGAUUUCUAUGAAGGACAGGGUCGUCUUGAUGGAGCUUUUUGUACAUUUUCGGAAGAUGAUCGUAUGAAUUAUCUCAAAAAAUUGCAAAAGAAUGGAGUUUUAAAUAUUGAAAUGGAGUGUGUUUGUUUCGGUGCACUCACUCAUUUGGCUAAAAUAAAAUCCGCCAUCGUUUGUGUCACAUUCCUAAAUCGUCUUGAGGGUGAUCAGGUUCUCGAGCCGGCAGAAAAACGUCGAAUGUACGAAGCGAGACCUCAAAAUGUGGUUGUUCGCUAUUUACGAAAAUUACUCAUCAACAAAUGAACAGACUCCUUGAGUUUUUUAAAAAUUAAGGAAUAAUUCCUAAAACAAUAAGUAUUUAAAUUUU